CAAUACUCAUUCACAUCAGUCACAGAACGCGAGGUCACGCACUCCCUGGUCGACUCAGCGGGGCUACAGCGUUAUAGACUUCCCUCGCAUUAAAUACAGCGGUGGAGGUAAGCCUGGGGACUGAAUGGCCGGGCAGUUCAACACACAGGAGUCUUGCCAAUUCAUCAGCCCGACCGAGUGCAGUGAAGUAAAGCUCUUCUUUUUCUUCUCUCGCCUAACACUCAGCAGGUAAAAAAGCAAAGAGUGCAGCACGGGGAAUAUUUUUCUGGCCCUCGUGCGAGACAGACAGUCUAUCAAGUGGCCCACUGUGUCUACGAGGUAGAGUCAUCAGGACGAGGUUAAAAGCUUCUGCCUCGACCCGUGAGUUUUGUCUUUCUCUUUGCAAGCAUGAUGAGGCGUAAAUACACGCAUUAGCCGACACACUGAGCUAAGUGCGAGGCUCUUAAGCAGAUCGUGCGUUCACACAUCUCAUGCGCCUUCGUGUGAUGGUUUGAUCGAUGUGAAAUCGAGCAGUUUUCGUCCACGUGCCCUUUUAGUGGAUUUGGCAAAAGUUACUCUGAACUUUUUCUUAAAUAUAAAUAUUGGGAGGACAAACAGCAGACACGUGUGCUUCGGAGAGUCCUUGAAAACAUUAUCGAUCGUGAUCAACAAUCUACCAGUUUGUAAUGCGGAUGCUGAACAUACUUUUUAGGACGUGACCAUACAAAAGGGAGGAGUGUCGAGUUUGCAUUGUCAGUGAGCGACUAGUCUCCGAUUCCAGCCAGAGCUUUCUGUGUACUCUUCUCAAGUCUUGGUCUCAUCGGAUGACGGUAGAGGCUUCAACAGUAUUCAGUUGAUUUGACGUCAGUUCUAUCGGCAAAGGGAAAUUAUUUCGGCUCUGAACGCGAGGGAGACCAAGAGGGCAAGCCAUUCAGUGGCCGAUCGGAAUCUUGGGUGGUUGGUCGUCGUGGGAUCUGGCUGUGGAGUGGCUGAGAGGGAAAGAUUUAACUGUUGUGACUGAACUUGAAGCUGGAAGCACGGGGCAUGUAAGACUGAUUUUCUGUUGAACACUUUUCCGGAGUUUGAGCUGCUGAUGAUCAUCGCUUCUCGCAUUCCUGAACAAGGCGCAGUAUUGUACUCAACUUGCUGAAAAUCGAUGCACCAUGUCCGACCCGACGGGAGUUCUCGACGGUUCGUCCGCCGGUGCCAUAGUAACAACUUGGAGCCCGUACGUCACAGACGCGCACACAACGAACAUCCUGCUGAACACGACAGAUGUGAUAGCGCCCCCGUCCGGCAAUGUCAUCGUGGUGGACGAAACCACGUCCCCAAUGAUCGUGUACUCCUUCGUGGAUAAGGUCCUCAUUAUCGUAGUCAUGCCUAUUAUCUUUACCAUUGGUGUUCUGGGCAACAGUGCAGUCAUCAUAGCUUUCUUUCGCUAUCUCUACAUGAGGACGGUUACCAACCAUUAUCUCAUCAACCUCGCGGUGGCCGAUUUGACAUUCCUACUCUUCUCCGUCCCCCAGUUCUGGGUUCAGUAUUUGACCACGCCCAUCAUUGGGGACUACACCUAUCUCCCCUUGGAGUUCUGCAAGAUCAACAUAUUUCUGACGGACAGUGCCGUGAUAGCAUCCGGCCUCAUUGUCAUGUUGGUGACCUUUGAGAGAUACAUAGCCACCUGCUGGCCCUUUCGAUUCCGCCGGUUCAGCACCAAACGGCGAACCGUCUGGCUGUGCGCACUGGUCUGGCUUUUCUCACUCACCUAUAAAAUCCCAUCGCUGGUGUUCACAGUCAAAGCAAAGUACGCCCUCCUCUGGAAUAUGCCGCAAGAGAAUGCAUCAGAAGGGCUCCCUCAGUCGAUCGAGUACUGCGAGUAUUGCCACCCGCGUUAUUCGGUCCAGUGCGUGCGCAUCCGCAAGACUUUGACAUUUGACCAAUUACUGCUUCUUUCUGUCAUUCCUGUGACCUGCGUGCUGUACACGCUCACCAUGGUCCAACUCCAGAGGUCGGCCAAAAGCUCUUACGUCACAGUUGUCGAGGGAUUAACGUCGAAUCUCAUCAAGAAGCAAGUGGUGCGCAUGCUCAUUGUCACCAUCGUGGUGUACAUCAUUUGCAUAACGCCCUUUCGGAUUCUGAACUUGUUCAACAUCUACGACCACGAACUCCCGCCGAAUCUCGUGUGGAUCUUCGUGAACAUCUCCAGGAUCAUGAUUUACACCAACUCGGCCGUGAAUCCGUUCAUUUACAACAUCAUGAGCGAGAGAUACCGGCGGGCUUUCAAGGAUAUUUUCAUUUGGUGUUGGCCCUGCUGCCCCAAGCAGCGUAGGAUGUGCAAUAACAAUGGCUCAGUGGAAAUCGAAAUGAAGUUCGGUCGGCUUCCGUCUGAUAGACGAUAUGUGUAAUUGUAACUAAUAUUAUAUUAUAAGGUUGUUGAACACCAGCAUCUCUUGUCCAGCGGCAACACUUGUUCAUAAUCAUGUUGGGGUUUUUUGUGCAUGGUGUAUUUUUUUUGUCAGGCUGUACUUUGUACUUGUCUACCCUUCACGAGGUAUUUACGACACAUAAGAGGUGUUGAGACAACGAAACGAAAACAAAACAAACGAAAGCUACCGGACAAGAAAGCAACCGAUCUUUGAGGAAUCUAAAACCCUGAUUUUCCUUAAUAAUCUGAAAUUGUAAGAACUUUUCAACUUUCUCUAGACUGUCCACAUUAUAUAUCUCUUGCUGGAUAUGAAUGGCCUUCCUAUAUCAUAAAAAAGGGACUUUUAGAUUUACGGUUGAAGCGUGACGUAAAGGCAGUGACGUAAAACUACGUGGGGGACGUGUCAACAGAUGUCCGUCUCCCCCCCCCCCCCACGGAUGCCCCGCCCUCCAAUAAAAUCUUGAAUUGAACAAAAUAUGAAUCAUUUGCCUCCAGUGCCCCCUUGAAAAAUGUAUGCAUCCAAGGUGCCCCCAGAAGUUUAACCCUUACCACGCCAUUAUUUAUAAGCCUCGCCUUUCGUGCCCCAAGAGAAAAAAAAUAGAGCUAAAUGUUUAAUAAAUACUGGACAUAACAUAAUUAUUCUGGAUAUUACAUACAAUUAACGUGAUUAGACAUAAUGUUUUCGGUUAAUGCUUAUUGCCGGCCAGAUGGAUACAAGUCACGUAAUCUUUAAUGCAUAAUGCACUAUUUUUAAUUAUUUUUAAAAUAUUUAAAACGGCAGAUGAAUGAAUAUAAUUAUUUGUGAAUUUAUUGAUGUGACAGAUCUAUCUAUUGUAAAACUGUUCUGAUAUUUCGUAAGAAGGAUGUGAUCCUUAUCUCCGUACGAAAUCAAUCAUCUAUAUGUCGUAUAGAUACCCAAAUUCGUCUGUGUUUAACAUUGAGUGGUCGUUAUUAAAAAAUGUCUUGUUUGGCUCAUGCA